UCCAGCGUAGAAUUUAACUUCUGUCGUCGUAAUGGGGAGGCCGCGUUAACGGGGGCAUGAGCCAUUGCUUAAGGGUAUGUGAGCCAUUCAUUGUCUUACGUGACGGCCAGAUUUAAUUUUGAAGAAUCGCAAGCGUCAAUGGCGGGCGGAUGCUGCUAACCACGCCGCCGAGCAAACUCGAGACAUCGAUCGCAAGGGACAACGGCGGACUGCGGGGAUACCGUCACUGAUGUCGUUCUCUCCGUCGCAGCUGAACGUGUGUGUAACCUCAUUAAGAAACACAAACACGGAACCAAUAAUUAAGAAACACUUCAAUGAACCGUCGGGAUUAGCCCAGUGAUGAAAUCUGGGGCCGCACGUUUCAGCUUCGCUGUUUAACCAGCGCUGGUACGAGGUGCUUGGGCGGUGAAUUUUUUUUUUUUUUUUUUUUUAGUUCUCGCCCCACUACGUCGAAUUAGCUUGUCCUGCGUGUCUGUCCGGGUGCCUACCCAGUGGAAAAUAGCCAUUCUGGAGGAUUGGCCAAAGACGUUCACAUACCUAACGUCACGUGUUGGGCUUUGUUUUCACCCACCGCUACGCACAUUUCAUCCGUCAGUUGAAUAGCCCUGAGUGCGAUCACUGUCACAGGCUUGGAACGCUGGGACACAUUAAGCUGGACGCUGGACACACUGGAGCGAUGGACGUUGGAAAAUUUCUUAGCGUCGGCAGGCAGCCACAGUCGGAUGACUUUAUUCUCGGUCCAUGUCCUUAUUCUGCAUAACCAUUCACUCCUUCUACUUCUUCUAAUCAUCAUCAUCCAUUACAAUUUUUCACUCCCUUCCCCUUUUUUCCAGAGCAGAAUAGCAAACUAGGGCGCACCAGCCCAUGUCGACCUUUUGCCUUUCAUGUAAAUAAGAUCUCCCUAUCUCUCUCUAUCAUGUAAGAUGCGCAGUUGCACAUACCCAAUGUCCCGAGUUAUCUAUUCCCGCACAUAGCCAGUGACUCAUGCUCAGUUACACAUAUCCAGUGUUCGCGUGAAAGAGCUAGUACGGGCGGACAUGCCGAAAAGUUGAAGUUCUCAAAGAAUGCUCAUCGUAUUAAAAUUACCUACCCCAAGACAAUCUGUCUUGCAGAAAUAAUAGAUUUACAAUUAGGCAAAAAAGAUGAAGAGGAGGCACACGUGACGGCGAGCAAGAAUCGGGGACGAAGAAGAAGCGUUCACUGAAUGAGCGGUCAAAGGCGUUGUGUCUGGUCCUGCGUUGCGGGCUGUCCAGCGUCGUCUCGGCAUCACCCAGUUAAGCUCUACAGAAACGGGAGCAGCGCGCCAGCAUGGCACGUGUCCUGAAGGAGCGACUCGGAGCAGGUGACCUGGAGCUGAGCGAAAGUUUCGACUGUGCCGAGGCAUUCGGGUACGGCAGCUACCAAAAGGGUGUCUUGCUCUUCGCCAUUGUCGGCGUAUGGGUCAUGCACUCCCACACGCUUGCCUUCCCGCUCAUCUCAAGCGAGGUGGACCACUGGUGCAGCAAGCCGGUCGGCACCAACAUGUCAGACACGGAAUGGAAGGAGACUGCCAUACCCAUAGAGGACGACGGCCAGCGAAGUCAUUGCACCGUCUUCGCGAAGCCGGGAUAUCUGAACGACACCAGCGUCGUACGGUGCAAGCGGUGGGACUACAACGCCGAGGCUGCUCACACCACCAUCAUCAGUCUUUGGAACCUGGUGUGCGAUCGGCGGUGGCUCAUACACAUGGCCAAUGCCGUCUUCAUGGCCGGCGUCCUGGGCUCUCUGGCUGCGUCCGGCUUCGCCACAGACAUCACCGGCCGAAAGCUGGUCAUACGUGGCGCCGCAUGCGUGCUCAUGGUUGCGGCGUUCGGCGGCUGUUUUGCCGACACGUACCUCAUGUACCUCUGCACGAGGUUUGUCAUAUCCGGCUCGUCGAGCGCUCUCUCCAUGGUGGCCUGCAUCCUGCUGACCGAGGUGUCCACGAACGCCCACCGGGCCGUCCACGUCAGCAUGUCCGGAAUCGUCGGCCUCUUGCUUGGCGACGCGUGCUACGCAGCCCUGAAGCAGGCGCGUCUCAACUGGAUCGGGCUGCAGCUGCUCAUGGUGGCCCCCACGCUCCUCGUUCCGUUGGGUUGCUUCGUCGUAAAAGAGUCGCCUCGAUGGCUCAUCGCCAGGCGCGACCUCAAGGGUGCCGAGAUUGCCAUGCAGGCAGCAGCCAAAGUGAACGGCUUCCCUGCCGACGCCGCCGUUUUGCUGGUAGAGCGAAUAAAAAACCAUGACGUCGACUGCGCCAGGCGGCAUGCGGCCGCCAGCCACGACAAGAGUACCGCAUCAGCCGUCCUUCGUCGUGGCCUGAUCAUAUACGCCUCCUCUUUCGCCAUUAUGGUCGCUUAUUACACGCUGCUUCUGGCAUCUUCGGCACGCGACAAAACUUGGAUGCGCUGGACGUCGGUCGUUGCCGACGCUGUGUGCUACGCGCUGUACCUGUUCGCCGUAGACAGAAUGGGUCGAGUGGCUCUCGUCACUUCCGUCUACGUUUUGGCGGGCACCUACUGCUGCUUUCUAGCCACCACGCUCAGUACCGGCUCUGCUGAACUGUUCAGCAUCGCCCUCCUGAUCCAAGCAAAGGCUGUCACGGGCGUCGGCGUCGUGGUCACGUCACUGUGCGCGACCGAGGCCUUCCCGUCGGCCGCUCGCGGACUCGGCGUGUGCCUUGCGUACUCCUGCGCUCGGCUCGGUGGAGUCUUCGCCGCUGCAGCGUCCAGCCUCCGCGCGGCGGGCCGGGAGGACCUGCUCUUGGUCAUUGUGGCCGGUGCGCUGUACGCCGCGGCGCAGAUCUUCCAGAAACUGCCGCGAAAGGUCACCCCCUUCAACCCGGACAGCACGCGGACGACCACUGUUGUGAGCCCGUCGGACGCGGUGGAAGACAUGAAGAAGUCUCUGGAGCAGCAGCCGAAGGGAAAAGUUCGCAAGAAGCGACAGAGACCCGUGGCUACCCAUGACAGCAAGAUGAUCAGUCCCGAGAGUAGGGGGUGCAACGUAGAUGCCAAGGCGUCUGGUGUUGCUUCACCGGUCAGCAUGUCCAGCGCCGACCAAGCGGAAAUGAGUCCCUUCAGGAAGAAAAGUGACCAUGGUGACAUGCAAUCGCCAGACAGAUAGUCACCUUGGCCAAACCAUGUUUAUUUUUACAUUUUCUUGCUAUUUUACCGCAUGUAGUUUUUUUCCUUGUGUAUCACAGAAAGCAAUUUUGCCUUUGUAUUUUGGGAAAAGGACGACAUUUCUACAAGUGUACUGUGACUUCAAACUUGUAUAAUUAGGCGUCAUUCGAUUUUCUUCUAAUUUUUGCAUUUUCCACUUAAAUUUAUCGAAAAUAUUGUU